AUGGUGGAUGGUGAGAUUAGGAUUUCCAGUUCAUAUACUGCAACUAGGGUUUUGUUCAACUAUGAAUGCCCCGAGCUUUUUGCUUUCAAGGAUAGUUUGCCUAGGUUCUUGACUCCAAUACGGACUAUAAGCUCAAGAUCUAGAAACACGGGAUCCAGAUCGUUGGAAACUAUGUCAAAUGAGAAUACCACAGUGACUUCUUUAAUGGAUAUUUAUGAUGAUAAGAAGAUUGGAGAAUUUUGGGUCGUUGGAGAAAUUACAGAUAUUCAACGCGACUGGUACUUCAUUGCAUGUGCGAAUAAGGGUUGUGGGAAGAAAAUUCAAGAAAUUAAUGAUCAAAUGUAUUGUAAGUCAUGUGACCAACAAAGUCCUGACGAAAUAAUCAAGUAUAAAUUGGUUAUUGAUGUACUUGAUGAUGAGCAAGAUGGACAACUAAUUCUUUGGGAUAAUGUGUGUUCGCCUCUAUUAGGGAUCACUGCUAGCGAGUUAAAGGGGAAAUAUUCUGAGGAGGGUUGUAUGCCCAAUGAGAUUGAGAGAUUAAUUGGAAAGACCAUGAAGUUCAUGAUAGUUACAAGAGAGGAUCAAUUUAAGUAUAGAGGAAAUGCUGCUUUUAUUGUUUUAGGAGUGCAAGCUGAUGAAGGCAUUGAACCACUAGAAGUUAUACCUUCGUCUAAUUCAGAAGUAAUCAUUCUUGAUGAAAGCACUCCUGACCAGCAAUCAUUGAAGAGAACAAACAUGGAUUGUUCAUCAUCUUCAAAGACUUUGAAAAAGCCUAAGAAUGAGCCCAACCCAUGCUAG